CGGACCGACAACAAACUCCAGCACAACUCCUCUCGGUUGUCAUCCCGUCUUUUUACAUCACAGGUUUCCCAAGGGCAAAGCGUCAAGGAAACAGGGUACUUUGGACCUGGAUUUUUGGGUCAACUGAAAUUCUUUCUUUCAGCGAACGUUUCUCUUGUUCGUCUUUAUCGGGUUUUGCUUUGGCUCUAUGCGCCGCUAAAAUUUCAGCUUUGCGCCUUUGACCGCGUCCGACAAACGACCGGUACCUUCCACCUACUUUUUCGAUAUUUACCUCCACAGCAACCAUUUCACCUUCACCACCACCUCCUUGGAAGACUACUUUGUAUUCUUUGAUUUGGCUGAUUCUGCUCUGGACAAUCAACAAUGGCCUUCUCGUCCUUGCCAGAGGACGACUCUUUGCGCUCAUCAAGCGUUGUUGUGGAUAGCCCAGUCCCUCAACGGCGGACCAAGCCCGAUCUUGAUUUUAUAGACGAAGACGACGAGGAUGAGCUCAGUAUUGUUUCCCAAUCGCCCUACUUUACUCAGCCUACCCAGAUCGCCUCGCAACCGACAGUGAAGCCACGAGAAGCCGCCAUCCCGUCUUCCCCCACGGUCGUCGAAGUACCUGCAUCGUCACCUUUCCGUCAACAAUCGUCGAAUAUCGGAGGUCGAUUCGCGAGCGCGAUGGCCCCAAGAGGUACCUCUUUCAAGGCUCCUGCCGCACAACCACUCCCCGCAAAAGCAGGGGCAAAGAGAGACUAUAUAAUGAUCGAUGACGAUGAAUUUGACAAGCCUCUCUAUGCGGGUGAUUCUUCAGACGAUGAAGGGCCCGCGCGCGGCGACAUUCAGCCAUCUGCUUUCAAAAAGCCCAACCCCACGUCUGCAAAGGCUGCGCCUGCAGUGUACCUCAAACCAUCAAAGAAACCAAAGUUGUUCAAUGAUGUCGGGAGUCCGAUUACGAGCCCGUCGAAGCCCUACGUCCUUCAAGAGGACUGGGUCACGCUCCGAUCUUCUUCGCCAGAAUCCUUGCAAUCUAUACGUCCGAAAGACUCUCCAUUAAAGCCUGCCCCAGCACCGCCCGCGCCGGCUCGCCGUCGCCUAAUUCAGGGCCGUCGGCGACGCAGCCCGUCGCCAGCCAGCUCGCCAGCGAAACCGAUCGAGAAGCCCGUUCCCAAACUGAAACAGACAAAAAUCAUCACGCUCGUUAGCGACGACGAAGAUGACGAUGACUACGUCCAGAAGAAGUCGGUUCGCUCGCCUGAACCGCAGCCCGAACUUUCGCAACGGGAUCCGGAAGAAGAUGCCUUCGAAGAGCGUGUCCUCAAGUACCUCAAUACCUGCGAUCCGAUACAAUUGAUGGCCAUUGCCAACGUCAAAGAAGAUGUUGCAAAGCAUAUGCUCUCUUAUCAGCCUUUCGACAGUGUGGCUGAUGCUGAGAGAGUGACGAUGGCGGCAAAGGCUACGAAGGUCAAGCGCAAGAAGUCGACUAGGGCACCGGUUGGCGAAGAUAUCGUGGGCUCUAUUAAGGAGUACACCAAGGCGUUGGAUGGCAUUGACCAUGUCAUUGCUGUCUGCGAGUCGCAAGCAGCUGCGAUCAAGGACGCCACCUCGAGGUGGAAGGUCGACCAAACCGGUCAGCCUCGAACAGUGAAGAACAAGGAUGGAACCAUUACGCCUCUCAGCAUUGACGGUACGACUACGCUGGUCGACCUUCCUUUAAGCCAGCCGAAGCUUAUGAGCGGCUGCACGAUGAAGCCUUUCCAGCUGUAUGGGCUUAACUGGUUGUAUCUCUUAUAUGAAAACCAAUAUGCCAGCAUUCUAGCUGACGAUAUGGGUCUGGGCAAGACUUGCCAGGUCAUCAGCUUGAUCUCAGCAAUUGUCGAGGAACAUGACAAACAUAGCCAGGAUGACGAUAGCAACCAACCAUGGCCAAACAUCAUUUUCGUCCCUCCGUCCACGCUCGCGAAUUGGGCCGCCGAGUUCAAGAGGUUUGCCCCGGGCUUGAAUGUCACCUUGUACCAGGGAUCGCAAUCUGUCCGCGAUGAGAUUGCGGACAACAUCUUGGAUGAUCCCGCCAGCCACCACGUCGUCUUGACAUCUUACUCCCAGGUGUCGCGCCAGGACGACAUCUCGAAUCUGAGACGGCUGAAGCCGAUGGUAGCGGUUUUCGACGAGGGUCACAAAAUGAAAAAUCCAAAGACAAAGCUCUAUAAGGAUCUGCUCAAGAUCACAGCAACGUGGCGGCUCAUUCUGUCUGGCACGCCCGUCCAGAACAAUCUCAUGGAAAUGAUUUCAUUGCUUCAGUUCGUCGAGCCGGAGCUCUUUCGGGACCAUUUCGAUGAUCUCGAAGCACUCUUCAAUCAGAAGUUUUCUUUGACGGCAGUCUCGCAAGGCGCAUUGCUUCACAGUGAACGAGUGGCGCGGGCGCGCACAAUCCUGGAGCCCUUCAUCUUACAACGUCGCAAGGAGCAGGUCCUCAAGGACAUGCCUCCCAAAACAGCCAAAGUCGUCUACUGUGAAAUGGACGACGUACAGGCAGCAAUAUAUAAAGACUACGAACGCCGAUUUCGGAAGACCGACGCCACAGGCGCCAGCAGUGUCGGUCGUGACAACGACAACAACAAUGUCUGGAUCCAGCUCCGGAAGUCCGCAAUCCACCCGCAGUUGUUCCGGCGUUAUUUCAAUGAUUCGACGGUGGAAAAGAUGGCCAAUAUUUUGAUGAAAAAGGUCGACCAAUCGGAGCUCCGGCAGCCGAAGAUCGAACAUCUGAUCAAUGAGCUCAAGGCCCUUUCGGACUUCGAACUGCAUCUUUGGUGCAGAGACUACAAGUGCAUCAGACAAUUCGAUCUUCCGGAUGGGUCAUGGAUGGAGAGUGCCAAGGUCCAGGCCCUUUUAAAGCUGAUUAAGCAGUAUCAGAAGAACGGUGACCGCGCUUUGGUGUUCACACGAUUCGCCAAAGUCAUUGAGAUCUUGGGAGAAUGCCUUGCGUCGGAGAAGAUCGAAUAUCUCUCCUUGCAAGGAAACACGGAUGUCAGUGAACGUCAGGAACUCAUCAACGAUUUUAACGCCGACGCGACCAUCCCCGUCUUUUUGCUCACGACAGGUUCGGGCGGCACAGGAAUCAAUCUGACUGCAGCCAACAAAGUCAUCAUCUUCGACCAGUCCGAUAACCCGCAGGACGAUAUACAGGCCGAGAACCGCGCUCAUCGUCUCGGCCAGACGCGCCCUGUGGAGAUUGUCCGGCUCAUCAGCAAGGAUACCGUCGAAGAGCUGGUUUACAAGGCCUGCCAGAAGAAGCUGGAGCUCGCCAACAAGGUGGUCGGCUGGUCCACGGUGGAGAUGUCCCAAUCUGAGAUGGAGGCCCAAGUCCGCGCUGCUAUCAUGAAUGGCGGCUCGAUCGCAACUCCUCCAUCCGACUAGAUCUCGGGGAGUUUGAGCAAGAUCACGAAGUUUUGAGUAUUGGGGAACGUGCUUUGUUCAAGAUACAAAGUGUUGACGAUAUGGAGGAUAUCGGGCAUAGAUGAUACCCAGUGUUCAUAUGCAUAGCAUCAGGCGCUAUAGAAGUCGUGCGCUGCUGUGUACUUGGUCUAGCAUGUUUUAGAUGAUUUAGCAUCGCCUUCAUGGUUUGUAUAGAGGCAACCUGUUCUUGCUUUAGCCUUUUCUCUUUGCUUCACAGUUAAGGAGAACAGGUUCAACGGGCCAGACCACAACUUUUGGUGAUCCCAUAUCGUAGUAGCGUCAAGAUGAUGAAUGGGAGUUAUAUUGG